UAGAAAGGAGCAGUUGGGCAGGGGCAACACUUGAAAUCGGUGGAGUCAUUCAAACUGGAAACCGGACAGUACAGGGGAUGGAGGGGUGACUAGGCCGCAGGAUGUGUGGCCGCUGCCAAGAAGGCUUCCUGGAACCCAAGCCCCUCCGUGACUCCUCCGACUUCCCCCAACCCGCCGUCUUUUCCUGCCAUCUCCAGCACCCGCCAUCGACGGGAAUAUUUUCUCUUGGAUUCCCUUCAAACAUUCAAGUUACUCCUGGAAGUGGAGGAGCAGAUGGCAACUGAGGCUAAGGAGGAACCAGGCCACCAAAACUUGUGGCAAUCUGAUCGGCUGAAGGGCGCUCCUCCUCUGAAUGUGCACACUCCUUAUGUCCCUUUAAGGAAACCCCGAAAUCUGCCCCUUGGCAUGGCCAUUGCAAAUCCUGUGUUUGUGAGCCCCCAGGGCGCUAAGGGGGACAAUUCCCUCAUUCAGGCCCCCUUCCGUUAUUCUUAUGUUCCUCCACUUCGGCUGAAGGAUCAAUUCUCCAAAGAGUUAGAUCAAUUCUCCAAGGAGGACCGCCCCCAUCAGAAGCUGAGAGAGGGGGCAUUUCUACCGUCAUAUCUUCCGCAGCCCAAUUCGAGAGCCCCCCACUGGUCCUCAACUCACCAUGCGGAAGAAUAUCGGCGGCCUCUAGCCCCAGAUGACCGAGCUGGCUCUGAGACGUCACCCUCUGCUUCUAAACUAGCUGAAUUGAUGGUUCGAGAGAAUGGUUUCCGUCUAUCUGGGCCGUCCUCUUCCAACUUAAAGUUCCCCUGGCAACGGGUCAUCUCUAGAUGUGAAGCGGGGAUGGGAGAGGGAACGAGAGAGGGCAGUCCAAGAAGCGGGAGCUGGAUGCAGGAUACCGGUCUCCCUUUACGCCCUCGGCAUCCCGUGCCAAAGUGGCCGCAACUAUCUUUCUUUUCCUCGUACCCACUCCCUCCUCCCUUCUGGGCUCCCACUCAAUGCUUCCCUCCUACCCCCACAUCGCCAGUCAGCUCCUUCCCCUAUGGUCCGAUGCCUCUUUCCAGUCACUUCUCCCAUUCUUCCUGUCCUCGAAUGCCUGCCUCUGCUUGUUUUCCCCUUCCUCAGCUGCCCUUUCCUUCCCCGGCUCCAGAGACGACAAAAACACCAAAGUAUAUGGAGGGGAUGGAGUGAUUCAAAACCGAAUGCAAGUUCUUUUAGCCCUUAGAAAGAUAAGAUAGUAGGUCUGUAGGAUACCUAAGCCAUCGUGAUACAGUCUUUGAUGCUGAAUAAAUAUUCUUUGAUUGUG